UGCGUCGGCCUCGCUCGGGACCCCGGCCGCGCCGGGGACAGGCGGACUGACUUACCUCGCUCUUCCCCGCCCCCGCCUCAUCCUCCCCAGGCUCCAGGGGCUCACCGGCCGAGGCGCUGCUCUCUCCCCGCCCCUCGCCUAGGCCCUUUUCUCUCGCCAGCACCUCGUUGCGCGGCGGCGGCGACCCUAGCAGCUGCGAGCGGCGGGAGCGGGAGGCCUGGAGGAUGAAGUGCAAGCCGAACCAGACGCGCACCUACGACCCGGAGGGCUUCAAGAAGCGGGCGGCGUGCCUGUGCUUCCGGAGCGAGCGCGAGGACGAGGUGCUGUUAGUGAGUAGCAGUCGGUACCCGGACCGCUGGAUCGUGCCGGGUGGGGGCAUGGAGCCCGAGGAGGAGCCAGGUGGUGCGGCGGUCCGCGAGGUGUACGAAGAGGCGGGAGUCAAAGGGAAGUUAGGCCGGCUCCUGGGCAUUUUCGAGCAGAGCCAAGAUCGCAAGCACAGAACGUACGUGUAUGUACUGACUGUCACUGAGAUUCUGGAGGACUGGGAAGAUUCAGUUAGCAUUGGGAGGAAGCGAGAGUGGUUCAAAAUCGAAGAUGCGAUCAAGGUUCUCCAGUGCCACAAGCCCGUGCAUGCCGAAUAUCUGGAAAAGCUAAAGCUGGGCGGUUCCCCAACCAAUGGAAACUCCGUGGCCCCGUCCCUGCCGGAGAGCGAGCCCUAAUGAACAGCAGAGAUGUUGAGGAUUGUUGUGAAAGAAUCAUUGAUAUGAACCAUUGAUCAAUGGAAUUGUCAAGUACAGGGGAGCACGUCCAUAUUGCCAAGGAGACAACCAUCUGGUUUUUCUUCUACAUCUUGGAACACUCCCUUCCUGUCUAUUCCACUGACACCUCGUGCACUGGUUAUAGUACUGUUGUACAUGAACAGACUCUUAAUUCAGCACCUAUUGCCUUUUGUUGUGCUUUUUUGUUGUGUCUGCCUUCUCCAUUAGACUGUGAUAUCCUUGAGAGCAACGACUAUGUUACCUUACUCUUUGCAUAUUCUGCAAAAGAGACACUACUUGAAAUAUGGUUGGCAUCACUGAAGAUUCUUUAAUUUGAUUCAUAUUUUGUAAUCACUAUAUGGCAAUCCCUUUCCAAUCUGGUGCUAGUAGAGUAUAUGCUAUCUGGGCACCAUGUGUGUGGCUUUUCUGUAUCAGGUACUUCUCAAGACAGUUGUAAGAUGUUAAAGGACAAGAAGUAUUCAUAUUUCUAUGUCACAUCACACAGUGGCCAGCACAGUUUUAAGAUUUCCCCAUCACUUAGGGCAACAUUUUGUAGAAUCAGUCCUUUGUGUGACAACUUCAGUGUUUUUAUAGUUACUAAUUUGCUUAAAAUUUUACUCAGAAAAUAUUACUUGCUAUAAAGCUAUAAAAAUAAACAAUGAACAGAAGAUAAUAGUAUGAGCUUUUAUAGCAAUAAAUUUUAAAAUAGCAUGCAAAUAUUAAAUUUGAUGUUUUUGCAAUACCCUAAUCAUUUCUUUCAUGUAACCUUAACAUCUUUUGGAAGAAAAGAUUGUUUUUCACAUUUUACAUAUUCACUGUACUGUAUUAUUUGAUGCCAGAGCCAAUAAAGACUGCAGUAUAGGUAGCUUCCAAAGUUAAUCAUGCCAUUUAGUUUGCCUAGGUUUCUUUUGCGUCUCUUACUGAUUCAGCUGGCCACAGUUGUCAUCCCCUUUUCCAGUACAUUCUACUAGCUCCUCAUUCCCCCUGGUUUCUGCAUGUGAGAAUGCCGAGGAUGGAGAUAGCUAAAUUGCUGUCAUUUUGAAAAGGCAUUGGGGGAAAAAAAAAGCUUCUGUGAAGGGGAAACAGAAGAUGGAUUGAGAGAGAUAGCCCUUAAAUCAGCUGCCUCUAGGAAAGCAACUUUAGAAAAUGACAAAGAUGUCUUUAGAGGAAACUUUGGAGUUUUUCAAUGGGGUUUGUGAUAGCAAUACUCUUCCUCAGCUCCCUACCAGGGCCCUAAAGUGGCUUUAAUAUGGUAGUUCUCUUCCUUUUACAUUUAUAAAGGAAUUAUAUCAAAAAACUAGGGGUCCAUUUUAGUGUUACAUCCUUCCUCAUGGUACCCGUGAAAUGUACUGAAUGUACCCCCAAUCCUUACAGAAUUUGAAAUAACACAUCUCCCCAAUUUAUUGUUUAUUUUUAGGUGUAAUUUACUGUGGUUAUUUUUUUUUUAUCCUUUAGAGAAAUUUAAAUUUUACAGAUGAGGUGAUAUGCUACUGGUAUUUGCUUCAAAGUAAUCUGAGUCUGAGGUAGAUGAGCACAUACAUAAAACAAAAUUAGUGGUAAGUUGAUAAUUGUUGAAGCUGUGUAAUUGGUAUUUGGGAGUUUGUAAUACUAUUCUCUAUACUUUUGUAUAUGUUUGAAA